AUGUUCCGACUUUUAACUGCCUGCUGGUCUCGUCAAAAGACCACAGAACAAAGGAAUGUGACUAUCAUUGUCGUUGGCUUGGACAACUCUGGCAAAAGUCAUCUUGUGGCAGCCUUUCAAAGAUUAAUCCCUAGCAAGACACACAACAAUAUGAAACCAACACAGACUACACUUCUACUCGAUGAUUAUCAAAUAUCUGUCUAUGACCUGACUGGAGACCUAAAGGGCCAAGAAAAAUGGCCAAGCUACUAUGCUGAGGCACACGGGCUUGUUUUUGUCGUGGAUUCUAGCGACGUAGCACGCAUACAGGAAGUGAAGAUCGUCUUAACGCGUAUAAUGUUUGAUAAACGGAUGUCAGGGAAGCCCAUCUUAAUCCUGGCAAACAAACAAGACAAGAAGAAUGCCCUCUUGCCUUGUGACAUCAUUGAAUAUUUGCUUCUGGAAAGGCUAGUGAGUGAGACUAAGUCUGUGUGCCGAGUGGAGCCAUGUUCAACUAUGAAAAACCUUUCAAAGAGACACCAGCAGCCAAUAAUUGCAGGGUUGCGCUGGUUAUUAGCUGCCAUUGAGGACCAAUACAAUGACCUUCAUACUCAACAAACAUCCAAUAUGAACAUCUCAACCUCCAAGAACAUCAGAGGCUGUGGAGAAAGAUGUUCAUCAGACAGUGUAGCUAACAGAGCGGGAGUGGUCAAAAGCCACAACAGACAUCAUUUUGAGAAAAGACAACGCCCAGAGGAUAAGCAGCAUGCUGAGCAAAGACACUUUGAGAAAAGACAGCAUUUUGAAUCAAGACAACACCUAAUACAACGCUCACUGGAUGCUAGGCCCCUAAAGCCAAUCCUACAGAAAGAUGGUUUUCGAAUCAGGCCCAAAAAGAAUAUGUCAGUAACAUUUGCUCUGGAUGUAAUCAUGGAGGAAAGUGAAUGUUCUCGGAAGACCGGAGCUCAAACUAUCAAAAAGCCUUGCCGCAGCCAAUGUUAUGAUACACAGACUUCAACUUCAUCUAUUGACAACAAUCUUUUCAAAGCUCAUAGGCCAAAAAAGAGACUAGAUUCCUGGAACACCGAAGAAGAAAUGUUUUUGAAAGAUCCCUGUGGAGGAGCCUUCCGUUCCUGCGGUUAG